CGCGGGGCCCCCCGUCCGGACCCCCGAGAACGCGCACAGCUCAGCGGCUGCCAGGGGCGGGCAUGGGACGGGGAAGACAAGGCCCGGUCGUCUGAGAUGCUAGUCAGUGAGAGGAUCCGGCCACAUCCCCUCCGAGGGAGGGAGGACUCGGGGUGCCGGGGCUCCAGUGCCGGGCAGGGCCGGAUGUCCAGGUCCCCAGCGUGCAGGGGUGAUCCAGCUGGAGCAGCGCCUGUCCUGGCUCACGCGCCCCUUAUCUCCCCUCGUGGCAGGGGGAGGAGGCAGCGGCUGUAUAUUUAGUCUCGUCCUCGCCCUUGAUCUCAGUGUCCCCAGGGAGGUUCGAGGAGCCCGGGUGAGACCGGAGUCCCAGGACCUUCAAGGUCACGGAGGACGCCCCCCGCGGAGGGUCCUAGAGCCCCGGCCCCCUUCGCUGCCGCCCAGCUCUCCGGCGCGAGGCCCAGCAUGGCGGACGAGAGCAGAGAAGCGAAAAAGUCCAAGAUCUCCGCCUCAAGGAAGCUGCAGCUGAAGAGCCUGAUGCUGCAGGUGGCGAAGCAGGAGCUGGAGCGGGAGGCGGAGGAGCGGCGCGGGGAGAAAGGGCGCGCUCUGAGCGCGCGGUGCGAGCCUCUGGAGCUGGCCGGGCUGGGCGUCGCCGAGCUGCAGGACUUGUGCCGGCAGCUGCACGCCCGCGUGGACAAGGUGGACGAGGAGAGAUACGACGUGGAGGCGAAAGUCACCAAGAACGUCUCGGAGAUCGCAGAUCUGACCCAGAAGAUCUUGGAUCUCCGCGGCAAGUUUAAGCGGCCCACGCUGCGGAGGGUGCGCAUCUCCGCGGACGCCAUGAUGCAGGCGCUGCUGGGGACCCGGGCCAAGGAGUCCCUGGACCUGCGCGCCAACCUCAAGCAGGUGAAGAAGGAGGACACGGAGAAGGAGAACCGGGAGGUGGGAGACUGGCGCAAGAACAUCGACGCGCUGAGCGGCAUGGAGGGCCGCAAGAAGAAGUUCGAGGGGUCCGGCCAGGCCUGAGGAAUAAAGCUUCUCUCUGAGCUGGAGCGGGUGUGCGUCUGCUCCUUGGCGGGCAGGGGGGGUGACUUGGGUACACAAGAACCAGGAGAGUCAAGGGCACGG